UGCCGGGUUGUUAUUAGUGUUUUAAUUGGGUCUUGUGCUGUUUGAAGUGAGUUGUAAAGAAAAGGUUGUGAAGUUAAUUCCUUGUACGAAUUGGUCUGUGUGGUGUGAGUUAAUGCUUGUGAUCUUGGAUAGUUUUAUAGUGAGUUUGGUCGCUGACUGAUCAGAGGAACUUCAACAAUGAAUAAGGUGGGAGUAUCUCGUGGAUCUCGCCAUGCAGCCACGCCACGCCACUUCAACAGACGAGUCUUAUCAGAGUGAUAAGAACCAGGUGUUUGAUAAGACGGACAACCCGGCGUCCGCGACCAGCAACCGAACGAUAUUGCGAGAAUCGAUCGAUAUAUCGAACUUUCCGCGGGGCGCGGCAACUACUUAUCGCAGGAAACUCGAAUUCUUGAACAGCAUAGAGAGAGACAGCAGGACUGAUAGUGAAGCUCUGGAGGGAGCCAGGUUAAUAAUAAACGGGACGGAAGUAGAAGUGGGUAAACAAGGGGCGAUUGAACACACGAAUAGAACAGAUAUCUCUCAGUCUUCCCGGGUGAAGACUUUAGAUGAUAACAACAAUUCUCGCAGCAAGAAAGACGGGUACGCCGACUUUGUCAAGAGACAAAGUUUGGAGAGGUGCAUCUUCAGUGACGACGAGAUAGACUAUUCUCUAGACCUAGGCAGAGCCGCUGCCUCUCAACUGUGGUCCUCAGACUCUGAAGAAUCCGUGGAUGAAGCUUUACUAGAUAAGUUAAAGGAAGAACUAAAUACGUUUUCCAAUAAUAAAAGCCCUAAACAGGCGUCUACUUUGGAACGAAACAGUGUUGACAAAACUUCAAAAACGGCGCCCAUAAUAGAAACUCAGAAUGAGCCGAAGAAGAAGGUGGGAGGAAUCCGGAGAUUGUUGUCUCCGGCUCUGUUCUCGGGAGAGCACAAGAGAAAGUCUGCGGACCAAGGGUCCAGCAGGACCUCCACCCCAGUCCAGGACCGCUCGGAGUGCAACACAAAGACGGUGCUGGAGACAGCGUUCGUAGGAGGGGACAACAGAAGCUACGGAAGAUCCAAGAGUGUCAGUCCCAGCAGGACCAAUGUCCGCUCUCCAGAGGUGCGGAGUCCUACCUCGGGGUACGGGGUGCCCAAGACCAAUGUGAUUAGAGCCAAGGAAAACGGCGGAAAGCAGUACAACUAUGAGAACGGUUCAAAACAGUACACCUAUGAGAACGGUGCUCCGCCUAAUGUAAAGCCGGAUAAAAACAGGAAUGUCCCGGCAGAACGUCCUACGCAUUUAGGACCACUGCAAGUGGAUACGAACAAUCGCAGGGACAGCGUCGCGAGUUCGACGUCGUCGUCUUCCACACUAGUGUCCCCUCAAGAGAAUGGUCCGCAGUGGAUCAGAGAUGUCAACAGGAAUGUCAACAACGGGUAUGCCAAGACAAUGUCACUCCCUGGAUACAGAAACCCACCACAGACUCCGCAGGUACGGUCUCACAUCCCUGUCAGUCAGUCUGGGAGGGUAUCUGCACCACCGUACGUCUGCUGUUCACCCUACGGUCAGAUCAAUCAAGACAGGCUGCUCAUGCCUGUGGCUGCGGAACUGAAGAUCGCCCCACUAGGAAAACAACCGGGACAGAAGACCUCUCCUGUGUCACAGCAACUCCGUGGUCUUCUCUCCCCACAGGGGCUACGCCCUCGUGGCUACGAUCCUUACUACUACAACCACAAUCACCCCAGUAGCGUCGAAUCUUCUCCGGGGUCACAGAACUCCCCGAAGGAGUUGAGGAACUACAACCCCAACGUACCUCACCUCGUGAAGCCUCAGCCAGUGUACAACUCAAGUCCUAGACGACCCAGAAGCGUGUCACCAGCCACUGGGAGCUCGGGAAGCGUCCCUCCAGAGUACUUUGCCCGAGGUUCUAACCAGAGAAAUACCUUCAGUGGAGGUCGUCCCGCCCGGCAGUCUACGAUAUACGAGGAGGUAAUAGAGGAGGGGAAAGAGUUGAAACGAGACAAGAACGGUACGUACGGACCGAUAUUCAAAAGAGGGACGUUGCUUUCUACCACGUCUAGCGAGGGAGAUUUGAACACUUCGGCGGGAAAACGCGUGAGUUUCUCUCCUAGCCACGAGCAGGACGUGAGUCAAGGGGAGAUCUACUGGCCGACGAGGAAAGGCUUGGCUCCGGAACCGCCGACGAGACAGUCGACCACGGAGUACGUGAAUGUGGCGGAGGUAAGGGGAGCGCCGGACCGCCCGUUGCCGCCAAUACCGCGGCGCGCGGGAACGGGUAAACCCAACGUGGAGUACGGUGUGGUAGGUCGGCAACGUGCAGCCAACACUCCCACAACGCAGCGAGUGCAGUCGCUGGCCGCUAGGUGGCAGCAGCAGGCAGACGGUCCGCGACCAAUACCACCGACCGCCAACAGAUGGCACCACCAGUCAGAUACGGAGUCCGGCAGCGAGGCGGGAGAAGUUCAAAGAAUAUUGCAACAAGGCGAGAACUAUUAUUCAGAAGAAGAAUGGACGGCGGACGGCAAAGCAGGCCGACCCAACGCGCCCUCAGAGACCACUGGAAAUGGUACAACACCAAGGGAGGAAGAAAGUCGCAGGACAGGUAGAGGGCGGAGGGAUGAUCCUCGUAGACACACUCUGUCUGGGGAACAUCACCACAACUACCCCACACUGGCCCGCAGUAUGGACCUAGAGAUGGGCUCCAAAUCCCAACGUAGGAAGACCCCGUUGCCCAGGGGGUACCCUCCCCCCAGCACGGCCAUGCUGUUUGAUGAUGACCCGGGGAUCAUGUCGGAGGUGGAGACAAGUUCUACGGGGUUCCGGAGAGGAGGGAAGCAACGGAGUUCUCUCCCUGUGGUCCGGACUCCCUCCAAAACCCUGGAGAGGCCUCUCGCGGCCGGGCCGCCUUCGCGCCGUCCUGAGGUCGCCGGCGCAACGCUGAUGUACCACGGCGCACCGACCCACUGCGGUCUAGUGUUCCUGCAGUACCGUAGCGAGACCAAGCGAGCGCUGCUUCCCAACGAGAUCACCUCCAUAGACACAGUCAAGGCGUUGUUUGUCCGAUCCUUCCCCAAACAGCUGACCAUGGAAUAUCUUGACUCUCCUUUGGUCAAGAUAUACAUCCACGACUCCUCGAAGGACAUGUUCUACGAGCUGGAGGAUCUCAGGUCUCAUUUGAGAGAUAUCCGGGACCGCUCGGUGUUGCGGUUGUUUGAGUCGGCCGACGUCGGCGGAGGAGCGAUGCCGCCAGGGAUCAUACCUCCUCAGACGUGGGACCAGGACCAAUCGUACUUCAGUGAACCAGAGUUUGACUCCGAGUACCAACAUCAGCACAUCCACAAAACUAAGGUUGCGCGCAUUAAGGGCUUUGGCAGCAAAGGCGGACAUGGCCAGCCGUACUACAUGACUCACUCCUUCCCUCCUGGCACCUCCGCCGCCACUCUGCCCCGCAGCGGACCCUUGCUGAGAGCAUACUCCCCCGCCAAGCCUCCUGGGGAUGCGGGCUACAUGUCGUCACCAGAGCGGGGGGCUGGGGCUCCCCCCCGGCCGUACCCUGCUGGGUACACCCCCACACCUUACGAGGACCCCUACUACUCCCAGUAUGGCACAAGGACAGGCUCCAUCACACCAGUUAUUGACGAGGAAGCCAGUGAUACAGAACUAAUUGACGAGUCCUACAGCCUUUACGGGGUCAAACCCCCGUUCCCGCGGGGUCAGUUCCCAGCCCCCGCAGUCCCGACCCCAUACGAUGCAACCAGCUUGUUAUCCAGGAUCCGAGUGGAGCACAUGGAGCGACAGUUGGCCAACCUGACUGGUUUGGUGCAGAAAGCGCUGACGCAAGCCCCGACCCCUACACCUAGAGAGUUCCUUAACGUACCACCGGGCGGCACCACCAACAACUACCGCAACGCCAAUGAUGACUAUGACAAGCAUUCCAGUUCAAGCUCUGCGUCUCUGCCAGAUGAAACGUAUCUGCGAAGCGAUGUGAAAACUCCUAAACUUGGAAAAGAUAAGUCAGUGUCGUUUGAGAAGUCUGUCUCGUUUAGUGACGAGCCUCCGGACAUGAACUCUCCGAAACAACAUUCCCCGCAACAUGGAGUGGAUUCUAAACCAACUAAACCUGCUAUUAAAUCAUCUACCUUACCCCGAACAUCUUCACAAGAGCGGGAUCGUCAUAAACCCACGCCUCCUCCCAAACCUGUCUCGUUGUCUCCGGGCCAGUACGAAGGGAGGCAUGUAUACAGAGACCUCCAACUGACCCCAGAGAUGUACAAUCAGCUGAGGGGGCUGCAGAAGAAGGCCAAAGAUCUGAGAGCGGAGGUGAGAAACUUGCGGCGGAUGUCUCAAGCGCAAGCCCAUGCGGUGAGGGAGACCAUACGGGACACAUUUAUCAAAAUAAGAGCAAUGGUGAUGACGGGAGGGGAGGGACUGUGGUCAGCUUCUACAGACGCAGAGAGGGUGAGGAUCAGCAGAGAGGAGGAUCUCUACAAACAGGAGAUGAUCAGACUGGAGUCAGAUCUCACUGAGUUGGAAGGCACCGUGGAAGAGUUGAGAGGGAACGUCAUAAACAGAAAAACUCGGGUCAACAUGUCUGACGUGGAGAACAUGGCUUUAAUUCUAAGCAAAUCUAGUAAAACAGUAGCAGACUUGAAACUGCGGUUUCCAAAUUUACAGGAGACUCUAAGAUCGGCCCUUAGUCAAGAAAUGGAAAAAGUUGUUUUAGAAGAAAAGUUCCUAAAAGAAGAGCCUGAGCGCUUAGAAAGUGCCUUGAGACGUUGCAAAAAGUUAACUGGCACAUUAGUAACACUCAAAAGGUUAGCGUCAGUUCAAGAGCAGAGACUACCUGAUGCUCGGGUGUCGCCUACGCUAGAGGAGACUCCCCCCGUCACCCCCACCACUGGCAAGACCACUGGAGCGGGGGAUGUCAUGGGGUCGGGCGGGGGCUCCCCCGCCAGUGGACGGUCAGACGCCUCCCGUCCGGAGAACGCGCUCGACGCUCUGCUAGACGAACUGCAAACAUUCGCUAAACCCCCUGCAGCCAACACUUCCACCCUGCGUAGACUUCACUCCUACCCCUCCAGCGAGGGGGGAAAGCCCCCCGUACCAGAGAGAGGUGCUGACCUACUGAGCAAGAGGGUGCCUCCACCUCCUCCACCCAGGACCAGUUCCCGCUCCCCAUUGUCGUCCCCGACGGGUCCUGUAGUUCCCCCACGUGGCCCUUCCGGCAGUCCUCUCAGACGAAAUGCCCCGGGCCGAUCCAGCCUUAAGGAAAACACCAAAGACCCGCCCUUAGCGUCUAAUUCUUCGAGUUGCGAAAGUGUCAAUUCUCAAGAAGGUGCUCACACGCAAUCCCGCCAGGAGAUAUUGGAGAUGAGACAUCAGGAACUGCUGAGAAAACAGAAGGCGCUUCAGGAGCAGUACACGAGACUGCAGCAACUUCAGAGAGCGCCUCCGCCCGACCUGCUGCAACUCAAGAAGACGGGGAGUGAGAGCAAUAUCCUGGCCAAAAUGGGACUAGGCUUGAGUGCGGCGGCACCGAUAUCAGGCUCUCUCUCCCACCUGGGCCCUCCUCCCCCCACCACAGCGGCCAAUGAUGCCAGUAACACAGAGGCCACUAGCACUGCUACCAACACGUCCACUACUAGUAAAGUCUACGAGACAGACAUACUGUGACCGACUAGUCAGGUAUAGCGCUCGAGCAACGCCGUCAACUGCCAUUGUCCGUAUCUACAUAGUUUUGUAAACACUCGUUGUGUUUGAUCGCAUUUUCGUAGUGUUAUACUUUAGACUAGGAAAUAAACUAAAACAUACAAAAUAUCUAUAUGUGUACAGACUGAGAUAUGCACCAACUUGUUUUGCUGUCAAGUUUUGUUUGAGAGAAACAUAGUUUUGUGUUGCUUCUGUUGCACAGGGUUUAUUCCACAAUACUCAAAAAUUUAAAGAAAAAUGAAUAGGUAAGUUACCCUACAUACAUUUUGAAAGAUUUUAUAUAAAGUUGAAGACUUACUAAACUUGCAAACAAAAACUCUCAUGAAUUGAAUUCAACUCAAUUUAGACGUGUUUGGCUGCUGUGUUGGUGGGAUGGAGCUAUCAGUUUUUGUUGUUUAAUUUUUUUAUGAAGAGGAAGUUUAAAUAUUAUAUUGAUAUUUCUAAAAUAUCACUUUCUUGCCCUGAACAUCUUACUUAAUAUUUACUUUGAUACCUCUAAAUUUCUACAUACUGUAUGUGUUUUAAAAUAAUACGGAAUUAAAUAUUAUAUUUUACAAUUGGAAAGUGUACUAAACAUACACCUUGUAACAAAAGUCUACUUAAGUUUUUGACAAAAGUACUGUUUUACAUUGAGUUUUUCCUACUUGAGAAUUCAAUUAAGAUUCUAAAUGUUUUUGACUGUAGUCUGAUAAAAUUACAGACUACCUACUGUAAAAAUAAGAGCAAAUGUUAGAAUAUCAACUCCUUAGGAUAGGUUGUUUGUGUCUGAAACUAUUAUUUGAUGAUAAAGAUUUAUAUUUAUAUUAGAGCUGCAGUGAUUAGCUUGUGAAUUAGACUCGGUCACUGAUAGCAUCUAGGAACAUUUUGUAUCAAAUCUUAAAAUCUGUUAAGACGAAGUAUGACUUCUGACGGGUGGAGAGUUGUUGUAUUGAAUCGUGCCAAAGUCCCCCCUCCCUCCCCUUAAGUAUACAUAUUUGCUCAAAUAGACAGUCGAUGUCUGUGUUGUCAUUCACGAUUCUCGUUUCAAUGUUAUUGUCGACACCAGUUCUAUAUUUAUGCACUGUUCAGCAGAUAGUAUAUUUCAAUUCAUUGCUUGAGUCGAGUUUUGACACUUUUAAAUGUAAGGAAAGUCAUUGUAAAAUGUUUGAAAUUUGAAUGUCACAUUCAUUUCUCCAUAAACAUAACAUUGUGAAGUCAAUAGGUGUAAAAGUUGUUUGCAAAUUAAAUUAUUUAAACUAGCCUAUUUUCAAAGCGAUUUAUUAGUCAUUUUAAUUGUACAUAGAUUGUAUAGUAAAGUAAAUUAUUUAACAGCAGAAAAUUGUAAUAAAUUGUUUUAGUUUUACAAUAUGAAGUUUUGAUGAUUUUAAACAUUUUAUUUAUUUUAACAUUGCCCUGUUUUAUUGUGCAUUUUAAUUUCUAGGGAUGUAAAUAGACUGAAAUUAAGUUAAUUAACUUUUAAUUAGGCUACUCAUUUCAAUGUUUUAUGAUUUAGAUACACAUAAUUUUUUAGCAAAAGUAAAAAGUAUUUUAUGUUCCUAAUAAUAAUAUUUUCAACAAUCUGUUCUUGUAUUAACUUAACAGGGGAUUCAACCAUUUUGCCUGGAUAAGACAUUUCAUUACUCAUUGUCAAUGAUUUUAAUUCAGAUAAUAUUACCAAAAAGUAUUUCAAAAACUACUUUUUUAUGCUAACAUUACACCUCUAUAUUACUGUGUGGGGUGUAACAUAUUUUGUGUUAAUUUCACAUACAAUUUUAAUGUACUGUAACUAUUAUUAAGCACUAUUUGUAAAGAUAGAUAAUUUUAACUAACCAAGAAGUGUAUAUAAAACUCAUAAAUAUGAUUGAUACGAAUAGAUGAUGAGUUGGUUCUUUAUAUUAUCAAUUGUUGAUCGUAUCAGAGUUGAUCAUUUGUUGAUUACACAAUGUUACUUAUGUUAUAGACAAUCUAGCACCAGAUUACGGUUUCUGGUCUUUGAUCGCAGCUUGUAUAAUUUGUUUCGGUUUAUUUCCUCAGAUGACAAAACUGAACAUAGUUUUAGCUAGUUGGCGAUUGUUUUAUUUUUAAAACACUAACCAUGUAAGCGUAAAAAUAAAUCAUUUUGGUUAUCAAAUUAAA